AUGGCUGGAAGCAGAUUAGAAAAAGUAGGGACAAUCUUUACUAGAGCUACAGGUUUGAUGCAAGCAAAAGCAGUAACUUGGGAAGACCGUCCUGUUUGGUACGACGUUUAUGCGGCUUUUCCGCCUAAAGAGGAGCCCCGUUUCGAUAGACCCGCCCCAGACAUGAAAAUAAAGCAAAUAUUCUACGAGGACGACAAAAUUCGAGCAAUUUUCCAUCGCAACAACAAGCAAAUAGGAACAGGCAAUUUACUGAGCAGCCAUCCAAGUCUUACGCAAAGGUUUAUUGAAACAUACAAAAAAGUCAGCCAACAGUAUAAAGGGGAAGCAGAUGAAAAACAAAUCUAUGUUGAAGCUAUAGAUGUUUUAAACCGAGAAAGAAGCAAUAGAGAGGAGGCAGUUGCAACUGAAGAAGUUAGCUUGAGUUUGGCUUUUAAAAAGGCCCAAAGUAAACAGGAAAAAACCGGAUUGAGCAUCAAAGAUAUUUUCAAAGAUUAG